UUACCUACUUUGAAAUUUCUCAGUCCUUUCUGUUUAUAUAUAUAAUAAUUUGAGCUAAAGAUAAGAAUAGCCCUUGAUUACGUAGUCCAUGCUAAUCUGAUAUAAAUUUAGCAUGUUUGAACUAGUGUUGUUAGAGUUAACUUAGAGAUAAAACAAAAGCGAUGGCGCCACAGGUGAAAGCUGAUGAAUUGGUGCCACAUCCAGUGAAGGACCAAUUGCCAGGAGUUGAUUAUUGUGUUAACAGCAACCCUUCGUGGCCGGAGGCCAUUAUUCUGGGUUUUCAGCACUACAUCGUUAUGCUGGGAACUACUGUUAUUAUCCCGACUAUCGUUGUUCCUCAAAUGGGUGGUGGCAAUGAGGAGAAAGCUCAAGUAAUUCAAACUUUGCUCUUUGUUGCUGGGCUGAAUACUCUUUUGCAGUCUUUGUUCGGAACCCGGCUUCCUGUGGUGAUAGGUGGAUCAUUCACAUUCAUAAUUCCAGCUACUUUUGUUGCAUUAUCAAGUAGAUACAAUACAUAUCUUGACCCUCGCGAGAGGUUUAUACAUUCGAUGAGAGGAAUGCAGGGAGCUCUGAUGAUUGCAUCCAUACUUCCCAUAUUAAUUGGCUUUCUCGGACUCUGGAGAAUUGUCAUAAGGGUCCUAUCCCCUCUCUCUGCAGCUCCACCGGUGUUGCUUGUAGGCCUUGGCCUAUAUACGCAUGGUUUUCCGCUUCUGGCAGAAUGUGUUGAAAUUGGUCUUCCAGGGUUAAUAAUACUAAUAUUGUUGUCUCAAUACAUUCCUCACAUGUGGAAAUUAAAGCGUCCCAUCUUUGAACGAUUUGCUGUCCUAUUAUCAGUUGCUAUAGUGUGGGCAUAUGCAGCAAUUCUCACUGUGACAGGUGCAUACAACAAUAGACCUCCACAGACUCAAUUCAGUUGCCGUGUGGAUCGGUCUGGGCUCAUCAGUGGAGCUUCAUGGAUAAAGGUACCUUAUCCAUGGCAAUGGGGUGCUCCGAAAGUUGAUGCUGGAGAUGUCUUUGUAAUGAUGGCUGCAGCUUUGGUUUCUCUUGUCGAGUCUACUGGAGCAUUUAUAGCAGCUGCAAGAUAUGGAAGUGUAACACAUACACCGGGUUCAGUAAUUAGCCGUGGUGCUGGUUGGCUGGGAUUAGGCAUUUUGCUGAGUGGUCUAUGGGGAACUGCAAGUGGAUCUACAGUGUCAGUUGAAAAUGUAGGUCUUUUGGCAAUGACUCGAGUUGGAAGCAGAAGAGUGAUUCAAAUGUCUGCAAUAUUUAUGCUUUUCUUUUCCGUGUUAGGAAAAUUUGGAGCUGUUCUAGCUUCCAUACCUCUGCCAAUUGUUGGAGCUUUGUACUGUGUCAUGUUUGCCUUCAUGUCUUCUGCUGGUCUUGGAUUACUUCAAUUUUGCAAUCUCAACAGCUUCAGGACUACAUUUAUAUUAGGUUUGUCUAUCUACUUGGGUCUUUCUGUGCCACAAUACUUCAAUGGUUAUGUGAUAACCACUGGUGAUGGUCCCGUUCGCUCUGGCUCUGCCUGGUUUAACAAAAUAAUGCAAGUAAUCUUCACGUCUCCUGCCACAGUGGCAGGAAUUGUGGCAUUGUUCUUGGACUUAACUCUUGCUCGAAAACAUGUCAACACCAAGAAAGACAGUGGAAGGCAUUGGUGGGCAAAGUUCAAGCAUUUUGACAAAGAUCCUAGAAGUGAAGAGUUCUAUUCUCUCCCUUAUGGCCUUUCCAAGUACUUCCCCUCAGUAUAAAUAUAGUACCACUAUUUUUAUGUUUAAGGAAAGAAAUAAUACAUGUCAAUUGAAGUGGCGCCUUUGGAAUGUGGGUAGGGCUCCUAAGUGACGUGUAAACUUUUUCUGGUCGAGUACCGGACAUGAAAUGAUAUUUCAUUUAAUAUUUAUGUAAAGUAUAUGAUGCUGCUAUUAGAUGGUCA